AUGGCUUCCUCCACAGCUUCAACAACCACCCCAUUGCGACAUGCCUUCGAGAGACGUGCCGAGGAUGUGAAACCACUGAAAAGUGAUAUCAAUGCUCUCAUUUUCGACUACCUCACGACCGAAGGCUACCCGUCCGCUGCUGCCAAAUUCUCCAAGGAAGCGAAUCUGCGACCACGACAGGAGGAAGAGUCAUUGAAGGCUCGACGUCAGAUACAGCAGUCCAUCCACUCUGGCAAAAUCCAAGAAGCUAUCGAAGCUCUCAACGAGCUUGAACCUCAGGUCCUGGACAAUAAUCCAUCGUUACAUUUUGCUCUUCUUCGUUUGCAACUGGUCGAGCUGAUCCGGAUCUACAAUGCGACCCCAGGAGGUGACAUUACCCCGGCCCUAACCUUUGCCAGUACUCAACUUGCACCAAGGGCACCCACAAAUAAGGAAUUCCUGGAGGACCUUGAGCGCACAAUGGCUCUGCUUAUCUUCCCCCCGGAUAGUCUGGAACCACCACUUGCUGCACUUUUACGGCCCGAACUUCGGCGUACAGUUGCCGAUAGGGUCAACAAAGCCAUACUGACAAUUCAAAACUCAAGACGGGACGCUGCCAUCAGGAGCCUUGUGCGGUUACGGGCUUGGGCAGAGGAUGCUGCAAGACAAAGCAAGAAAGAUUUGCCAUCUCACCUGGAGCUUGGUUUUGAUGGGGAUGAAAAGGGUACCUCCAUCGAGAAUGGACAUGAGCCUAUGAUUACAUGA